AUGGCACUGUUUACCCAUUCAAAAGGGGUUGCUCCAUUUGCUCAGGGGCUCCUGGUUCAGGGCAAUAAAAAGGCGCCUGCCGUUUCUGCUGAGUUGCCGUCUAUUCAAUCUAAAAAUAAUGCUGACCUUUUGGGGGACAUGGAAAGCCCCCUUACUAGCAUUGCGAGCCUCAUGCCUGACAUCAGCGUGAGAAGCUUGGGCUCUGUCUCUAUCAAUGAGAAGGGAUUAUCUUCUUGGCCUGUGAAGGAGAAGUCCAUUGCAUCCAAGGACUUUGACCUUCCUAGCCAGUAUGGCAGUCGCGUUACUGCGAAUGAGCCGAUAUCUGCGAGUUUUCAAACCACAUUUGAGGUGGAUCUUCUUGAUUUACAGGAUGAUUCAGUAGUUCUCCAUCCUAGUGAUAUUGAGGGAUGGGAGACAGUAGGGAAGAUGAAGGAAGCAGCUCAACUUGAGGCUAUGGCUCAAGCAUUAGAAACAGGAAAUAAUUUGGUUUCUGAUGAUGACGAUGGUCAAAAGACAGAUGUACCUGUAACUAAGCCCUCAUUGAAUAAGGGAAAGGUCCGUGAAUUCCAUGAUACAGGUAUCCCUGGGAUUAGCAAUGAGGAGUUAGAUCCUGAAAACCAAUGCUGUGCUUGGGAAAACUUGGACUUCCUGAAGGAUGAGGAUCCUGAAGUACAGAAGGCAAUCUAUGAGGAUGUUGUUAGAGCUUGGAACUUGAAGACGCAUAAGCAUCGCUCUGAUAAUCAAGCUGGUACUUCGUCCUGUGUAGAACCUGAGAAGGCUGAGACCUCAACCCCCAUAACCAAGGAAGAGAUUCCCAGAGACACCGUUAACUUUACUCUGCCAAUUACAAGCACCCCAAUCUCAAAACCUGUAAAGAAGGUUAGGAUCAAGGAGGAAGUCAGGUCUGAAGAGAUGUUGGACACAACUUUGGGCUCCCAGAAGGGAAAUUCCAAGUCAUCAAGCCCUUCAGGUCUGAAUGCUAGUGAUCAUGGUGGAUUGCGAGGUCAAUCUCCAAUGUCAGGUUCCAAUAAUGUGAUAGAAUGCCAUGCGAGGCAGCAAGCAUCGCGAUACACCGAAUGUUCAGAGUGGACCAGCUUUCGCAGCUGA